AUGGUGUAUCUUCCAGCCGUUGAUCUUUUCUUGAACCCUGCACUGAUUGGCCAAAUCCAUGAUGCUUAUAAGCAUGUUUUGACAUACUUACCAACAGGUUUGAGCACUGCUUGUGAAAUGAGAUUGGUGGUGAUAAUAGCAUUCCCAAGGGCAACGGUAUUAGGAUUUGAGACACUUUGGGACAACACUCUAACGCCUCUCAGGGACUGGCUACUCAUGACCAAUGGAGGUUUGCUUUCUACUGUUUUCACAGUGGUUAUUUGGCUUUUCGCGAGGUCCAAGGGGACUGCCUUAGAUGCCUCUUUCUCGUCCUCACUAUUAUUCAUCUUUGCACCGGAGUUUUUGCUUAUAAUUCAAAAAAGCAUCUGGGUAUUCAGAAGAAAAAUGAUGACGCUAGGCAAAACUACUGUCCAAGAUCAACAUACUGAGCAAAAGUUAUAA